GGGGCCCGUGUUCUCUUCUGCCGUCUUUCUACGCGGGGAGGGACUGCCUUGAAUCUUUAUUCUGUACCGAAAGUCCGCGAGUGAAUGUAACACGGCUCAAAGACACAUCUGCCACCAAAAAGCCCACGCAAAGCGUUGUCUAAGUGAUCAAAAACUCACAAAAAAACAUCAGAAUUCCAGCACAGUCAUGUCAGUCAAACGGAUCAUCUCAAAUUUGUAUUCCCGGCACUCGCUGAUACACUGGUUGGUUCUUCAUCUAGUCCACGAUGUCGAAAAAGCAUAGAAAGGUCAUCCUCUGCUUUCACGGCACCGGCUCAAAGGGUGCCAUUUUCCAUGUACAGAUGGCGAGGAUCUGCUCCCUGCUGGGAAGCGAGUUCGACUUCCUGUUCCUCGAUGGUCCCUUGCAGUGUGCUGCCGGACCCGGCGUUCUCCCUCUUUUCGCGAGCCAAGAACCAUACUACUGUUGGUUUGCGGGCAGCGGCACGACCAUCGACGACAGCAUGGCCAAAAUUAUCGCCUCUGUGGAAGAGUCCAUUGAUCAGUGGAAGACCGCGAACCCUGAUAUCGAGGCCGAGUUCGUCGGAGGCAUAGGGUUCUCGGAGGGGACUCUGGCGCUGUCCCUUCUCCUGUGGAUGCAGCAGCAGGAUCUGGUGCCCUCGUUACCACGCCUAUCGUUCGCCGUCCUGAGUUGCUGCUUCUUCCCCGCGGAGGCAUCGAAGUGGCUUGCUGAGAGGGCCAACGCGCAAGGGGAACCGCAGGCUUGCAUCAAUGUGCCCACGAUUCAUGUACAUGGCAAUCGAGACUUCUGUCUCGGACGAGCACGGAGACUGGUACGGAACAAUUACAAGAGCGACUAUGCCACGGUGUUGAUGACGGAGGCGGCCCAUCACCUGCCAACGAAAAGGAAUGAGGUGGCCGAUGUGGUGGACCAUAUUCUACGGCUUUCAAAAGCUACUGCCUGUCCGAGCUAGCUCUUCUUGGAAUGUGAAUACCAGAUACCUACAUGUAUGCAGUAAUAGCUAGAAGCAUAAACAGACAGAGACGAG